AUUUUAUGAUUAAACUUGCGCAGUAAAACUUACGUAUACUAUGUUAAGCAACUAUUUUAAGAAUAAGGGGUUCGAUUCUCUAACUAGUUGCGUAUACGUAAGUUUUACUGCGCAGGUUUAAUCAUACCAUAAAAUAGCUACGCAAUAAAACUACCGUAUACGCAACUAGUUAGAGAAUUGAGCCCCAGACCUGUAACCAAAGAGAGAGAGAGAGAGAGAGAGAGAGAGAUGAAAUGACGCAUAGCGCUAAAUACAGCUGAUAACGUGCUGAUAACUGGGUGCGUUAAGCGAACUCAACAGUUGCACAACAGUUGAGCAAUUCGUCAAUAUAAUUGGUCUAGAUUUAGGGAUCUAACAGUAAGAACUAAUAAUCGCUAAUUGUUCAUUGAGUGCUUUUUCCGCUGAACGCACCUACUCAUAACUGAAGCUUACAUAUCUAUCAUUUGUCCUUCCUAGUACUCAAAAGAAUCAGUGAUCGUGCUUCGUUAAAAAUGAUUCGACAUCAUCAUGUGCAGGGCUAUGAAAACUUUCUUAAAUAUGUUGAGGACUUGAAGAAAGAGCAGCCAAUUUAUAUUCUUUAUACCGGUUCGAAGUUGGACAACGGUAAAAGUUGGUGUCCAGAUUGUGUAGAAGCCGAACCAUAUAUUGAAAAAGGUUUUGAAAGAGCAUCUAAAGAAACACAAUUAGUGAUAGUCGAAGUUGGAGACAGGCCAUUUUGGAAAGAUCUGAAUUGCCCAUUCAGAAUAAAUCCUGUUACUAAGUUAAAAGUUUUGCCAACUUUGUCUAAGUGGGGCACUCAAAAACGUUUAGAAGGCAAUCAGUUGCUGAAACCUGAGCUUAUCGACAUGUUACUUACAGAUGAAGAUGAUUAACUUGUACAUGGAAUUCUAAUUGCGAGGAAUUAUGACGAACACAUUUUGAUGCGAAAUCAGGAUCUGUAAUAACAAUUACUUUAUAUAUAUAUAUAUAUAUAUAUCUGUAUACUUCUUUGAAUAUAAAUUACAUUAUACUGUAUUCAGCGAAAAUAAUUGAUUUAAUUAAAUAUUUAAUUAUUAAACUUA